GCAUCGGUCGGUACGAUAGUUGCGUGGCGAAUGCCAAAAUCCAAAUCGUCAGUGGCCAUACGAUUCGGUAGUUUUUGCGAAUUUUAUAAAUAUUUAGCCUGCUUUCCCGACCGAUCGCUUGAUUGGAUUUAGUUGAUAGAAAUGUAUAUAUCACAGCCAAUGUCGUGGCACAAAGUCAGCAUCGAUUCUGAGGAUGACGUCCAGGUGGCCAACGAAGCCUCCUUGGGAUCAACCGAUUCCACAGUGGAGGAUAUUAAGGAGGACAUUGAACAAACGGUGGCGGUAUCGGGAUCGGAACUGACCACGGAACCCAUGGCCUUUUUGCAAGGACUAAACUCCGGGAAUCUGAUGCAGUUCAGCCAGCAAUCCGUGCUGCGCGAGAUGAUGCUGCAGGACAUCCAGAGCCAGGCGGACACGCUGCCCAAGCUGGAGAAUCACAACAUCGGAGGCUAUGGCUUCAGCAUGGUUCUGGAUCAGCCGCCCAAGUCUCACUGGAUGUACUCGGUUCCGCUGAACAAGCUCUACAUCCGGAUGAACGAGACCUUCAACGUGGACGUACAGUUCAAGGCCAAGAUGCCCAUUCAGCCGCUCAAUCUGCGCGUCUUCCUGUGCUUCUCCAAGGAUGUCAGUGGUCCUGUGUUGCGCUGCCAAAAUCACCUGAGUGUUGAGCCUUUGACUGCCCAUAACGCAAAAAUGCGCGAUAGCUUGCUGCGCAGCGAGAAUCCCAACAGUGUCUAUUGCGGAACUGCCCAGGGCAAGGGUGUUUCCGAACGUUUUUCCGUGUUAAUCCCUUUAAACAUGAGUCGGUCAGGGAACCGCAGUGGGCACGUGCGCCAGACCCUGGCCUUCAAGUUCGUUUGCCAAAACUCGUGUAUUGGGCGAAAAGAAACUUCCUUGGUCUUCUGCCUGGAGAAAGCAUGUGGCGAUAUCGUGGGACAGCAGGUUAUGGAUGUUAAAAUAUGUACGUGCCCCAAACGUGAUCGCAACCAAGACGAACGCCAGCUCAAUGGCAAGAAGCGCAAGUCCGUGGCGGACGACACCGAUGAGGCUGAGCCGUACGUAAAGCCGUCGAAAGUGCGUCGGCGCAGUGCUAUAAAGAUGGAGGAGACGGAUAGCAAUGACAGCCGCGAAUGCGACGACUCCAUCGCUGAGUGGAACGUAUCGCGGACACAGGAUGGCGAGUACCGAUUGGCCAUUACAUGCCUCAAAAAGGAAUGGCUACUGCAGAGCAUUGAGGGCAUGAUUAAGGAGGCGGCGGCUGAAGUGCUGCGCAAUCCCAACCAAGAGAAUCUGCGUCGCCAUGCCAACAAAUUGCUGAGUCUGAAGAAAAGUGCCUACGAGCUGCCAUAACUUUUGAGAUGGUCAACAAUUUUGUAUAACCUUCACUGUUCACACUAUAAACUAAUGCGUACACUUAAUGAGUU